AAUAAAGAAAACAUAUUUUAAUAAAAAAAAAAAACAACAAUAAAUACAAAAUGCAACAAAUUAAAAGUAUAAGAAAACUGACGGGCUUUCUGUUGCUUGCGUGCAUAGUACAAGCAUGCCACAGCGCCACAGUCACCUCCACCACACCACUCAUGUGUUAUGUUUGCGAGAAUUGUGUGAAGGUUACAAAAGAAACACCACUAGUAGCAUGCGAUGCGGAAUUCUUCGAACAGAGCAGCACCACACUCGCAACCACCACAGAGUCCAGCACGACCACAACAGCUGAGCCAACAACGGACAGCACAACCACCACCACACUCGGAACAACACUCGCCACAACAACCACAGGCAAUACCGAGGUGACAACCACCGAAGGCAGCACUACCGAAGCAGUGCCGACAGCACCCACUGUGGGUCCGCCAACAACCGUACCCACACCACCUGAUGUGGGCACCAUUGCUGCUGAUUUUUUGCUCACUACUGAAGUGACCGUCGGCAAUAACUUCAUUGAUGUGACUGUUGGUAAUAACAGCACCGAGAGUACUGUCGCCCAUGAAGCAUCCAAAGCGUUGCCGCUAGUUGGCGACAGUUACUCCUACCACUGCUUUAGUGUACAAAAGAAAGUUAACGGCAGUGCGCAGAUGGACCGUGGCUGCGCGCGCGUUACCACUAUGGAGAGCGUUUGCGGUCAGCUGAAGGCGCAGAAUAACGGCACUGAAGUGAGCAAGUGCGUACCCUGCUCGAAUAACAGUUGUAACGGCAGCAGCGCGCUUGGCGUUUCGUUGGGCGUCUUGAUAUUCACCUUGAUUGCUGCACUGCUGAGCCGACAAUAAAGCAUCGUGUUGUGCUCGUAAAAGCCGUUAGUGGCACAAAAUCAGCAAAUAACAGCGUGUGUGUAGUGAAGUUAACGGUAUUUUAAACCAAAUAAACAAACAUUUUACAAACUGUACAGAGGAAAGUGAAAAGACAUACAUACAUACAUACAUAUAUUUAAAGAUGUUUACAAAUAAUUUAGUUUGUAUUUGAAAUUAAGUACGAAAAUCAUGCAAAUCGAAAUAUUUAAAUUUAGAAUUUUACCAAAAUCCUUAUUGUUACCUAUAUUUUAAUUUUUUUCCUAGGUUAACAAAUAAUUUUUACAAAAUAAAAAAU